AUGGCUUAUACAAGUCGAGGUGAUGCUAGCGGUAUCUUAACAACACCAAAUUAUGUGCUGGAUACAAAUCUUGGCAGUAAUAAACUACGUGUUACAAUUCAAAUUCAAGGUUUAAAAUCAUCAACUCCAACUAAUGGUGAAAUUGUAUUCGAUUUACACGAUAACGGUUUUCUAUUUGAAUUUCAUGGUCAACAGGCAUUAAAAGAUCAAAAUUAUUCCCUGCAUAUUCAUCAAUUACCCGGUGUAUUAGAUUAUAAACGAUCACAGUUAAUUGUACGCGAAGAUGCUGUCGAGAUUAUUUUAAUAAAGGCGGAUAAUACUUCAUGGUCAUCAUGUGUAAUUAAUGAAGGUUUAAAGAUUGCUGAAAAUGUUAAAAAAUAA